GCCGGGCCGCCCAGGAUUUCCGCCGCUGUCUUCCCAGCAGCUCUGCCAGGUAGGCCGGACGGGGCUCAGGGCCAGCGCCCCCCGUUGGCUCCUUGGCCGCGGCUUCUGCUGCUGCGCCCCCCCCCCCCCGGCUGGGCGCCGCGGGCUUGUUGCAGCUUUGCUGAACCCGACGACCGGCCCCAAACCGGCUGCGCUCCUGCCGCGGAACUGCUGCUUUUCCGGCGGCCGAGGAUUCGGUCCUCCGGAAGCCAAAGAGCACAGCCCCCAAACCCCGCCCCCGCCCCACUGAAGGCGUUCCGGCCGCGCGAGGUGCCCUCCGGGAGGCUCUGGCCGCUUUGAGCCGGAAUGAUGGGUCUGGCCGCGGCAGGAACCCUCCGCCCCCGCCCCGCCCCGGCUCCUGAUGCCCGGCUGCCCCCCGCCCCCCCUCUGCUUUCCCUUCCAGCUCUGCCCCCGCCGCCUGGCAAGGAGCCAGUGGGCAGCCCGGGAGGGCCCUGAGGACUCGCCCGGCCAGAGAUGGAGCGGCCCAGGGAGGAGCGGGACUGGGCCUGCCCUGCCAGGCGGGCCCUCCUGGAGGAGACCCACUUGCCAGCGAGCAUGGCGGCCGGAGAGAGGAGCGAGUUCUGGGCCUUCUGGGAGAGGCUGCGGGGCUUCUGUGGCCCCAGGACUGGGAGGGGUCCGCCAGGCGCUUGCUGCCCACCCUUGCGGCCCGGGCCAGAGUAUGAUUCCUGCUUGCGCAUAAACCUGCGGCGGCCAGGGCGGGAAGUGCCGGGCGUGCCGGGCGACCGGGUGCGGGAAUUCCAUUGGGCCCUGCUCCGCUUCUUGGACUUCCGGCAGAAGCGCAGUUUCUCCCGCCUGGCACAGCUGCAGAGGGAGCGGGCUGCCUUGCCCAUUGCACGCUUCCGGGAGCCACUGCUUGCGGCUGUGGCCAGGAACCAGGUGGUGGUGGUGGCUGGAGACACAGGCUGCGGCAAGUCCACCCAGGUACCACAGUUCCUCCUGGAUGCCGGAUACACCCACGUGGCCUGCACACAGCCCCGGCGCAUCGCCUGCAUCGCCUUGGCCAAGCGGGUGGCCUACGAAAGCCUGCAGCAGUACGGUAGUCAGGUUGGCUACCAGAUCCGCUUCGAGAGCACCCGCUCCUCGGCCACGCGGAUCGUCUUCCUGACGGAAGGGCUGCUGCUGCGCCAGGCCCAGCGGGAUCCCACACUGUCUGGCUACCAUGUGCUGCUUGCAGACGAGGUUCACGAACGGCGCUUGCAUGGGGACUUUCUCCUGGGGCUGCUGCAGAGGCUUCUGCCAGCCCGGCCCGACCUGAAGCUGGUGCUCAUGUCCGCCACCAUCAAUAUCCAGCUGUUUGCUGAUUAUUUUGGGGGGGCCCCCGUGAUUCAAGUCCCUGGCCGGCUCUUCCCCAUCACGGUCCUGUAUGAACCCAUCUCCCCUGAGGAGGGGGCCAGUGGGCAUAAGGACCGACUGGAUCCCCGGCCUUACCUGCGUGUCCUACAGGCUAUUGAUCACAAGUACUCUCCGGAUGAAAGAGGCGAUCUGCUCAUCUUCCUCAGUGGCGUAGCUGAGAUUGCGGCCGUGGUAGAGGCUGCCCAGACCUAUGCUGCUCACACCCAGCGCUGGGUGGUUCUUCCUCUGCACAGCACCCUCUCUGUAGCUGAGCAAGACAAGGUAUUUGAUGUGCCUCCCCAAGGAGUUCGGAAAUGCAUCGUCUCCACCAACAUCGCUGAGACAUCAGUUACCAUUGACGGUGUCCGCUUUGUGGUUGAUUCAGGGAAAGUGAAGGAGCUCAGCUAUGACCCCAAGGCCAAGCUGCAGCGGCUGCAGGAGUUCUGGGUCAGUCAAGCCAGUGCCGAGCAACGCAAGGGGCGUGCUGGCCGGACGGGGCCUGGAGUCUGCUACCGGCUGUAUGCUGAGACGGACUACAAUGCCUUUCCUGCCUACUCAGUGCCAGAGAUCCAGCGUGUGGCGCUUGAUGCCCUGGUGCUUCAGAUGAAGAACAUGGGUCUGGAGAACCCACGAGCCUUUCCUUUCCUGGAGCCGCCUCCUGCAUCCAGCCUGGAGACAGCCAUUGGAUACUUGAAGCACCAGGGAGCGCUGGACAUGGAGGAGAAUCUCACGCCCAUCGGAAACCUGCUGGCUGAGCUACCUGUGGAGGUGGUAAUUGGGAAGAUGCUGGUACUGGGCACCCUCUUUGGCCUGACUGCCCCCACCCUGACCACGGCGGCUGUCCUGAGCGUCCCCUCCCCAUUCCUGCGCAGAGGCAGCAAGUGCUGUGAUCCGGAUUGUGUCACUGCCCGGCGGUCCUUGGAGAGCUGCUUAGGAGACCCCCUGACUUUGCUGAACAUGUUUGAUGCCUGGGUACAGGUGAAGUCUGAGAAGCGUGGCAGGUCCCGGCACUGGUGCCGCCGUCGAGGCCUGGAGGAGCACCGGCUCUAUGAGGCAGCCAACCUGCGGCGCCAGUUCCAGGAGUUGCUCAGGGACCACCAGCUCCUGGAACCUGCCGCUUGUCCUAGCGACUCCUACACCCGGCAGAGCCGGCUCCGGGAGCGCCAGAAGCUGCACAGACUCAAGUGGGAGCAUGAGCGAGGAGCGGCCCGGAGGCCCAAGGUGCUUCGCUUGCAGGAUGAGCAGGUUGACUCUUCCUCGGGAGAUGAAGGGGAGGCGGAACAUGACCUUGACAUCCAGGAUGUGAAGUUCCAGCUUCGCCACAACCUGUCAGAGUUGCAAGCGGCGGCCUCCAUGGCUCAAGGCCUGCCACGGUCACAGCUGACCCUCUUGCAGCUGGUGCUGGGCCGUGGCCUGUACCCCCAGUUGGCGGUCCCUGAUCCCUUUAACAGCACCCGCAAGGACUCAGACCAGAUCUUCCACACCAAGGAGAAGGCCGGCAUCCUCCUGCACCCCACCAGCAUCUUUGCCAACUCACCAGAGUUGCUGGCCCAGGGUCAGAGGGCUGGGCGCCACCGAGGCGGGAAGGGCGACCUGAGCAGCAGCCACCAGAUCCUGGCCUUUGUCUCACUGCUGGAGACCAACAGGCCCUACCUGGUCAACACCCUGCGCCUGCCUGCCUUGCAGUCCCUCUUGCUCUUGGCCCAGUCCCUGGACACCAACGCAGACUGCACGCGCAUCGUGGCUGACACCUGGCUGGAGUUGCACGUCCCUGUGGCUGAGGCUGCCCUGCAGUUGCUCUCCACGGCCCUGCAGCUCCGGGCCUCCUGGGAGAAGGUGCUGGAGCGGCAGCUGGCCUGCCGGAUGAGUCACAGGAGCCAGGAGGAGAGGGGCAAGGAGAGCCGACCCAGCCCCCACCCAGCGGGGCUGCUCACCCGGGAGCUGCUGGCCUUCCUUCAGACGGAGGUGCAGUACGGUCUGCGGCGGCUGACACCCCUAGAGCAGCAGCACCUGUAUGUGGGGCCCCAGGUGGUGGCUGCAGGCCUCCCCAGCCUGUUCCGAGGGAUGGAGAUGGUGCCCAACCAGGAGAAGGGGGGCUACGUGGUUGCCGGCUUCUUGACAUUCCAUUGCCUGGCUCAGGGCGAGGGAGAUCUCUAUGGCGAGUGUCUGCGCAGCUUCUGGACAUGCCCACGGUGUGGCCUGUACAUGCCCUUCACCCCGCUGGAGCGCGUGGCCCAUGAAGAUGCCUGCCAGUCCUCAGGCCCGGAGGGGGAGCCCGGCCUAGCUGGCCCUUCUGAAAAGGCUGUCCAGAGCUCUUCUGGGGCCACUGUCCUGCACCGGCCUUUCCAUUGCCCCGUCUGCCAGCAGAAGCUGUUCCUGACCCCCACAGAAAUCCUGCGCCACCAGAAGCAGCAUCACACACCUUCGGAAGGGUGACAGGCCAAUUCAGUUGGCACACAGUUGGGCUGGUCAGGACAUGGCUUAGUCUGAAAUCCAAGGACACGUGGAAUAAAACCCUGCACUGCCAGAAGAGCGAUUGGCUCCCAGGACCUGCUUUUUGGUGAUCAAGGGCAGAGCCAGCCAAAGAUCUGCCUACCCUUGACUGGGGUCCCUAACCCCAAACAUUUGGAUUUGCUCUUGUCCCUACAAAGGGGAUGGGUUGGUCUGGUUUCUCAUCUUCCCCAACAAAGGUGGGCAUUCUCAUCUGCGCUAAUGAAUCUUUACCUCUAGGUGGCAACCUCGCCACAUCCUAGUGUGGGCUGAUGCUCUCCCUCCCCCUCUCUCUGUAUGGGGGUCAAAGUCCAACAAAUAGGCGGGUUUCUGUGGCCUGAAGGUUCUUGCUUCCCCCAUUUUGGACUGGGGAGACAGCAGUGUCUGGCUGGGGCCUUGGGCUUUCUUCUUGCUUGUGGAAAACAUCUUCUUUCUAAGGUAGGAGGCAUUCUCUGGUCCACUCUCAUUUUAUGGCCCCCUCAAGUUUACGGAAGCCCUUCAAGAGCUGGGUAACCGGAGCUGGGCUGAGCAGGGCCUCAGGGGUCUGGCUUCCACGCUUGUCCUGAAACAUCUUGGCCUUCUGAGUGUCUUUUGUUGUGGUUCUGGCAGCUGGGAGCUCUUCCAAUGGAGCAGGCAGCUUGCCCUAGGAUGGAAGGCUAACAGGUUACGCUUUGGGUUGGGGGUGACUCUUAGUUGUUUCUCAGUCGGUGGGGCCAAGUUUGGGUUGCCACAGGUGAGCUGGGUCUGAGUCAGAGGGCAGGGAGAGUUGGGGAAAGGCUUGGGUCUUCUCUUCCCUCGCUGAGGCCUGGCAGGACACCUGUGCCACUUUGCCUUUUGGCUUUUGUGAGGGGCUUCAAUGGCUUCCAUUUUCCACCAGUGUGUAGAGGGGGACAGGGGUUAUCUUUGUUGGCUUGCAAAGAACGCUCUGAAUGUCUUUUUCAAAGCCUUCCUGGGCUGGCAAGCAUUGCUUCAGUGGCCCCAUACAGUCUUCUUCCACAAAGUCAUUUCUUGACAGACUUGCAUUUUACCCUUGAGUCACUGCAUCCACCACCAUCCACCCACUCUUUGGCCACACUUCCGCUGUGCCUUCCUUUAUACUGAGCAAUAUAUCUUUUUUGAAUGGCUCAUAUGAGGCUGUUCCCGUUUUCCAUAAAGUGAGCACUUAACUGUAGCUGGGCAAGUGCCAUGUGGCUGCGUCCUGGUGUUGAUUGUGAAGGGCAUGCCCAUAACAGGCCAGACGGAAGUGGAGAUGCACCCAAGUGGGAAGGAUGCGGUGCCCCCCCGAAGUGGUGUGAUCAGCCCCUCAUGUUCCCCCUCCCCCAGUCACUCUCUGUGUGUUCAUCCCUCAUGCAUCUUUAACUAGCACCCAGUGAUUAAUUCACAUUAAUUUAUUUUUGUAUUAAUAAACUAUGGAGGAGGGUGAGUCUUCCGGCACGAUGCGCUUCAGAGGCCAGGCCAGGCUUGCGAAAUCAAGGGUUCCUUGCUUAGCCAGGCAGCCCCUCUUCUGGGUGCUUUGGCAAAGGCAUUUCUGUGAGUUCCUUAUCUGCCAGUGUGAAUGAAGCCCAGAGUCAAACCUUAGAUCUGGAAAUCAUGGAAACUGUAGAUUUGUUCUAAAGCCUUUAAUUCAGAGCGUAGGUCACAUCAUAAAAAAGAAGAAUCUGGCGAUUCCCACGCAGGCCCCUUGCCUGUAUCCCGUUGCCCCCUCCCACCAAGCCAGGCGGCUCCUACUAUCCCUCUACAAACUACAGAGCAUUCACUGCAAAGCAUUGCGAGCCUGGGAACAGUUCACACCUUCCUUUGAUAAGGCCUGUGUCCGGGAUACCCUGGGGCGCUGAGGGGCGCCAUUUGGCACUGGCAGGCUCAGUCCUGACGCCCAGGGCAGCCCUGGGGCAGCUUCUUGUGUGUCCUGGCAUUUCCUGAUGGCUCAGCAGCCCCCUUCUUCCACAACUCCUUGUGUGAUCUUUCCCCAGCUGACAGUGCCCGUGCACUGCCUCCAGCUGACUGACUGCAGUUCCUCUGGGAACUAAAGAACAGCAAAGCUUUGGGCACUCUGGCUUACUGGGGACUAUGGGCAAAGAAAUCCCCCCAGAAGAACUGCAUCGUUAGCUGCAUGCCAGUGGGGCACGGUGCAUUAAUUGAGACCAGUGGCUUGAGCAUCAAAAUGGUGUGAAAAGCUCUGGCAGUCAGAGGACUUCCUGCUUCCCCCUGCGAUGUGGUCUUUCAUGGCAGAAACUACAUGGGGCAGAAACCCAUCUUGCUUGGAAGCCAGGGUUUUUCAGACCCAAACUCCCACUUGUGAGGAAUUCUACCUGCUCAGGGGGCCUGGCUGUACUUGCUUCCUCCCUCCCCCCCACACAAGUCUUGUCAUACAAGUCUGUCAAAGCCAAAGUGUUGGGCGGGGGAGCAUGUUUCUGAUACUGUAGGCUGGAUUUUCAUUGCAAUAAAAGCUGCCUCGUGGCUUGGAUUUGUGCCAGAGCCCACGCAAACUGCUUUUGUGAAAAGUGGAUGGACCCAAGGAAUCUCUGAGUGCAAACAGCAGAUAUGUAGUCCAGGUCAUAUAGCAAAAGGAACACGGAAUCAUUGUGUAUUUGGGAAGGUGAAUUUUAGCCCAAUGGCUGCCUUGCAUGGCGUGUGGCAACUGUCCAGUUUCAGGCAGAGGGGGGCCUCUCCCCAGCCCAAAGAAAUGCCCGGCUGGAAUCUGGGACCUUCCGCUGGCAGAACGGAGCUGCUUUGAGUCACCAAACUGCUAAGAGACUUUCCAAGAAGGCAGUUUUGGGCUCAACUGAGUGUUCUGAAUACCCUUGAGCAUAGUAGGGCUGCCAACUUUAAGUUGGGAAAUUCACUGAGAUUUUUUUUAGCCGGUAUACUGUGGCGUCCAGUCACCAAUCAGCCAUUUUCUCCAUGAGAAGUGGUUACUAUUGUCUGGGGAUAAGUUCUAAUUCUGGCACUUUAAAAGGUCCCACUUGGGGGCUGGCAGCUCUAGAGCUACACAGGACAAAAUGUGCUGACCAAGGUCUGACCAAAAUGUGUUGACUAAGGUCAUAGCCAUUUGUACAGAACAGAGCACAACUGGGUCUUGCAUUCUGCAGCUCAUACUAUCGUUGCUGUGGGCUCAGAUCAGUAUACAACAGUAUACAAUUAAGAUGAUAAAUGGUGAUGAUGUCCUCAUUGUGGCGCCCUAUUUCACACCCAUCAGCAAGGACAGGCCCAUGUUAAGAUCAAUAUAGUGACCAAACAGCAAUUCCGGGGCCUGGCUUUGGUUUCCCAGGUACGUGGAUGGGCAGGGGCAGUGAAGCGAGAGCAUGGCUUGGCAGCAUCCGAUUGCUAAGCCUGCCCGGGGUGAUGGAAACAUGAAGCCUCUUCCUGGCAGUUCUGGGCUCAGCAUUUCCAUUCUGGGAAAUGUUUUGCCUGUAACCACAGAGCCAAAACAGGGCCAACUGGGGAGGGGAACGGGGAAGUGACAUCCCUCCUCGCCAGCAGUAAAAAGAUGUCUAGCCAGCUGAGCAGCAAGAGAUCAUGGAUCCUCCCUCUCUGUGAGAAAAGUGAAGAUUCAGGAUCAACGCCCUCCCAUUUCCACAAUUUCACAUAAAAGCAUCAAGCAGCUGUCCAGUUUCCCUGAAGUUGCUUCCUCAGCUGCUAUUUGUACUGCAGGGGGUUGCGGGAGGGGAAUAGAGAUAUAAAAUGUCCAGAAAUGUUGAAGCCCCAGGAAACAAAAGUGAAAAUUUUGGGGAAGUUGAAAUGUACGUGAUACUUACUGUCUAAUCAAGCCUAAAUUAAUUUUUGCUGCUUUAAGAACAUUAAGUGCAUCAUUUAUAACUGUUGUGCCUCCACUCUUAUGCAAGAAGUCAGACUUGAGGGUUAGCAGAAUCUGUUUAUUGAGAAAUUGCAGUGGUCACACAACUGGCUAUUGCCAGGACUGGCAACCAAAAAGCUAGCAAAAAUUUUUAUAAGGCUAAGCUGAACACCAUUUCCCUCCCUACAUCUCCAGGCAAAAGCUAAACUUCUGCGGGACAGAACUUUCCCCAAGUUCAGAAGAUGAGAUACCAACAUUCCCAGGUGCUGAAACCAUAACGCAGUGGUUAAGCAAACUGCGCCAAGCAAGAGCUAUCCACUUUCUGGGAACAUGGGGCAGGCCUUGACAUACCGCCCCCACUCCAAAGCCCAAUCUGUUUAUAAUGAAAGGCUUUAAAACGAAUAGGAGCAGAAAUGUCCUGUGCAUCAACCCACUUAUCCUUCCCCCAAGGAAAAGUGUUUCCAACAACAGAGAAGUCAAAGUCAGCUGCUCUGAAGCUGGGAGGCCAGAAUCUGUGCCAUUUCAUGGUGGAAAUUCUUUUCAACUAUGAUGGGUGCAGGGACCAUACAGCAAAGGUGCCAAGCAUCCAGGGAGAGGCAAACUGAAAUGAACGGUGGGAUGAACAGCCCUAUAAGUUUUAGGUAACUCAAGUUCCAUAGUCACUUCAUUGAUCACACAUUUGACAGGGAACGGUCCCACAAACUUGGCCCCUAACUUGUGGCUUGGCUGGAACAUAAACUAACCCGCCCUCCAAGGCUGGAGCCUGGUUUUUGUCAGUAUACUUUUUAUAAGAUGCUUUGGCCUUACCAGAGUCUUGACUUGCAUAAGCCAUGUGUGGCGAGUACACCAUGCCACUGGCCAGCAAGCAUAGCGGAUUGGCCAGAGAAAAGGGAUUCCUGGUGGUUGUUUUCAGGAACCCUCCUUUCUUUUUCUUUCGCUGCCACCAUUUGCUUAAGGAGAUCUAGAAAACCCCACACUGCUUCUAGCCACCAGUAUUUUCAAGGAUUCCCACCUCUCAGUCACUCUUGCUUGAGGGGAAGUUCCUACAGGGUCCCUUAAUAAUUUUGGAGGGAGCUCAUGAUGGCUGGGGUUUCUAGUCAGUCACUCACGUUAUCAAUCACACACUCACAGACACACGCGAGGGAAUUUGAAUAAAAUGUUUAUUUUUGAAGUAAAAGAAUCUCCUUU